AAGGACUAAACAAACAAGCCAUUGUUUGUGCUCUAAACAAUUUAUACUUGUGAUAUGCACAGUCAGGGACUUGCACCGUCAGAGAAGCUGUAUAUGUUGGGUCCAUUUUAGAGGGGAUUUUUAUUCCUCCACUUGUUCACAGCUCUGCGUUAUCGAAACUGGCAAGCAUGGAACAUUCUGGCACUAUAAGCUAUUUCAUAAAGAUUUUGUUGGAGAAAGAACCUGAUCUGCCUGAUCCUAAUCCUGAUCCCGCUGUUAAUGCAUUAAUGGAUCACUUUAUGAAAUUUCUCACUGAAACUAGACAACUUCCUGUGUUAUGGCACCGAACACUUCUUGCAUUUGUGCACAGGUACAAAAAUCAGCUACAGGACCAAGAUAAAGAUCGUUUAAUGGUUCUAUUGCAAAAGCAUGAAUCACAGAGUGCAGGUUUACGCGAUAUCAUUAAUGAGUUAAACGAUAUCUAGCUGCUUCAGACCAACGAAUCUUUUGAAUCUGGCAUACCAUAAUAUGAAGCUAAGAUAUCUGUACUCAAGUUUAUAUUUUUUUAUGUUUAGAUAUUGACAGAGUUAAGUUUUAACUUUGACAAAAAUAAUGUACUUUUUUUCCCUCCUGUUAAUGUAUUAGUAGUGAUUUUGCACCUUUUUUUAACAAAAACUUGUUUUUAUUAUGGUAAAAUCUUAUUGAGCUGAAUCUUUAACUGGAGAUUCUUCACUCACAGUUGCAAUAUAUAAAUGUGACAAACAAACAAAAAGAUUUAGGUAUAUUAAUUUAAAGUUAUAAUUUCACCAAUUGCAAGCAUGGUUUGAUCAUUCAAGACACUGAAUUUGAAGAAUGUGAUCCUUGUUUUCCAUCUUCUUCUCUUAAAUCUUCAAUGGUUUUAGAUCUUCAAUAACUUUUGAUGGAUACUCAAUUUUUUCUUCAUCCUCCUUCUCUUCUAAAAACAGUGGCAAGUCCGGCUUGUUUCAUGAUUCACAUUUUCAUUAUCCGUUGUUGCAACAACUCAUUGUCCUUGUCGUCAUCAAGAUACCAAGAACACAGAUGAGAAAAAAAAAAGCUGAGAUUGCUGUUGUCAUGGUAGGAGGCAUGCAAGGCAACAAAAAUAUUAUAAAUAUCACUUCUAAAAAAUAAUUUUAUUCUCAUCAUUAUAAUUUUUACUUGUAUUAUUUCUAUUGUGUAACCAUACUUUAUCACUAUCAUUAUCUCCUCUACUGUUAUCAUCACCAAUACAAAUAUCAUCAACAUUAAUAUUAUCUUAUUUCAUUUCUUGUUCGAUGCUAUUUUUUCCCUUUAAAAGGUUUUAGUAGUGCAAUAUAAAAAAAUAACCUGGAAGACAGGUACCACGUGAAGAUAAAGGCAUUUUCUAUUGGCUCAACAUUUUUUAACCUUAUAUUGUUACCAUGAUUCAUGUGCAGCUACAUGUUCCUAGAGUUUUUAUAUGUUAUUAUAAUUAUUGUUGUUAUUAAUAAUCUCAUAACAUAAUAUAUAUUGACAUGAUAUAUUCAUACAUGCAUGUGCUGCAACAUGAUGUUCCUUGCUUAUUUAGCCACUUUUAUAUAAUUAAUUAAUUUUCACAAAGACUAGUGUCCGUGGACUUCAAAGAAGAAUUAUUAGAUCAAAGCCAGCUUGCAACUCCAUAGAGUUCACUGCCUUGACACGAUUGUUCUCUUACCUUUGUCUGAAAAGUCAUUCACUUUGCUGUUGUUGAGAUCAUAUCAUGGCUGGUGCACUUGUUGGGGGAGCUUUGCUCUCUGGCUUCAUUAACGUUGUCUUUGACAGGUUCAUUACAACGGAUGCAGUCAACCUGGUCUUGGGCAAGAAGCUUGGUCCUGACUUGGUUGAAAGGCUGAAGAUUUCUCUGCUUGCUGCUGAAGCUCUGGUUGGUGAUGCCGAGUACAAGCAAUUGGACAACCCUUCUGUGAGGGAGUGGCUUAACAGUCUGAGGGAUGCUGUUUAUGUGGCUGAUGACUUGCUGGACGCUGUCCUCACCAAAGCUGCCACUCGAAAGGAGGUACGUUCUUUCUGGCCUGUUAGCUUCCUCGACCGGGAUAGGAAGAUUGUAGAUAAGAUGGAAGGGGUGGUUAGAAGAAUAGAAUUUCUUGUAAAACAAAAAGAUUUGCUUGGUCUUGAAAAGAGUUCCUAUAGGAACUUUUCGUCAUGGAGAAUUCCAUCCACAUCUCUGGUGGAAGGUAAUAUCCUUGGCAGGGAAAAGGACCAACAGGAAAUCAUCAAGAUACUAAAUGAUAACAGAGAGCAUCAGUUGUCUGUGAUUCCCAUUGUGGGCAUAGGUGGGGUUGGCAAAACAACUUUAGCACAAUGGCUGUACAAUAAUGACAAGUUGAUGGAGGGGUUUCAAGUCAAAAAAUGGGUUUGUGUCUCUGAAGACUUUAAUAUCGUUCAGGUUACAAAGAAUAUUAUAGGUCAAACUGCUGGUAAUACAGAUGAUUUCAAUUCACUUCAACUUGAACUGAAGGAAAAGUUGUCGGAAAAGAAGUUCUUUAUUGUGUUAGACGAUGUUUGGAGUGAUGAUGGUGAUGUUUGGAAGAAAUUUAGAACCCCCUUUCAAUAUGGGGUAAAGGGAAGUACAAUUCUUGUAACAACUCGUGUCAAAGAGGUUGCCUCUGUAGUCCAAACUUGUCCCCCUUACAUUCUCAGUGAGUUGUCUGAGGAUUGUUGUUGGUCAGUGUUCGCAAACAAUGUUUGUUUUCCAGAAUCAAAUGGGAAUUCAAAACUAGAAGAAAUCGGUAGAAAGAUAGUCAAGAAGUGUAAGGGGUUGCCAUUAGCUGCAGAGACACUUGGAAGCUUGUUGCGAACAAAACAUGAUGUUAAGGAAUGGGAAGCUGUAUUAGUAAGUGAUAUUUGGGAAUUUUCUGUGAAAAACAGUAAAAUUAUUCCAGCAUUAUUAAUCAGUUACUUUCAUCUUCCGGCACAUUUAAAACGUUGUUUUGUUUAUUGUUCAUUGUAUCCCAAAGAUCAUCGUUUUUGUAAAGAUGAACUAAUUUUGCUAUGGAUGGCCGAAGAUCUUUUAAGGCCACCAAAUAGAGGAGAGAGUUUAUUAGAAGUUGGUAGCAAAUGUUUUGAUGAACUAGCUUCUAGGUUGUUUUUCAAAAGACAUGAUCAGUAUGUUUCUGAGAGCUUUGGGAUGCAUGAUCUUUUACAUGAUUUAGCAUUGUUCCUUGCUGGAGACUUCUAUGGUAGAUUUGAAGAGCUUGGUGAUGCAGUGAAUGUGUAUACUCGAACUCGUCAUUUGUCUUAUGAAAGUUCGAAUCUAGUCUCAAAAAAUUUUAAUUCCAUCAGUAAAGUUGAAUCUUUGAGGACAUUUUUGUCAAUUGAUGAAUUUUCAGAGUCAGAUAACAUUGAUGAUGUAACAUGUACUCCAAUAUUGAAGCUCAAAUAUUUGAGAGUUUUGUCACUUCCAUGGUUCAAAGGACUUAAUGUAUUGCCUGAAUCAAUAGGUGAAUUAACCUAUUUGCGUUACUUGGAUCUCUCUAGGACAUGUAUCAGGACACUGCCAGAAUCAUUGUGUGACUUGUACAAUCUACAAACAUUGAAGCUGGAAUGUUGUUCUAGUUUGACUAUGUUACCCAAUGGCAUGCAUAAACUUGUGAAUUUGCAACAUCUCAAUAUUUUGGAUACUCAUUUGGAAGAAAUGCCUAGAGGAAUGAGCAAAUUGCAACACCUGCACAUAUUAAGCAACUUUAUCGUGGGCAAGCAUAAAGAUAAUGGAAUCCAGGAAUUAGAGCUAUUAAAUCUUCAUGGAUCCUUUGAGAUUCAAAAAUUGGAGAAUGUCCUUGAUGUGAAAGAAGCAAGGAGUGCAAGGAUAAUAGAUAAGAAGCACAUUGACCACUUACUGUUGGAAUGGUCUUCAGGUGAUUAUAUGGUUUCAAGCACACAAACUGAAAGAGAUAUACUCGAUAGCUUGCAACCGCACCAUUGCUUGGAAGUGUUGCAAAUCAAGGGAUACAAGGGUACAAUAUUUCCAGAUUGGAUGGGGCAUUGUUCUUACCAAAACAUGACUCAUGUAUCUCUGGAGUCUUGCAAGAAUUGUUGCAUGUUGCCUUCACUUGGACAGCUGCCAUCUCUUAAGUCCCUCUGCAUUCAAGAUUUUCAUCAGCUGAGGAGUAUUGGCAUGGAGUUUUACAAGAAUGAAGGAGAUCAUCAUUCUUCGCAUAUUGCACCGUUUCCCUCAUUGGAGUUUUUGGAGUUCAAUAACAUGCCAUGUUGGGAGGUGUGGCACUUACCUGACUCGGAAACUUUUCCUCGACUGAUGGAGCUUCAAAUAAGAGAUUGUCCGGUGUUAAAGGGAGAUAUGCUUGGCCGGGUAUUCUUGAGAAUCAUUUCUUCUUUGUGGGAUGUUUCAAAAGUUUGCAAACUAGAUAUACGUACAGAUUAUGGAGGAGAGUCUGAGAUGUCACUUAGGGAGGAUAUGGUAUCAAUUCAGGGAUGUGAAUCUAUGCUGGAGUUUGUACUUCAGGCACUCUUCCGGGACAAUUGUGUACUCAAAUCUUUGCAAACUCUGACAAUAUGGAGAUGCAGAAAGCUGAAAUUCCCCCAGCAACAGCAGAAAUACAGUUUAGUAGAGCUUUACAUAGAACAAAGCUGUGAUUCACUGACCUCAUUGUCAUUGGAUGACUUCCCCAAUCUUAAGACUCUCACUAUAUCAGAGUGCAAGAAUCUGAAAUCAGUUUCAUUGUCAGAGCCAUCACAUGCUGCUCUUCAACGUCUCACCAUCUUUAAAUGCAGCAAAUUUGUGUCAUUCACAGGGAAAGGACUGGCUGCACCUAACUUGACUCAUCUUGAAGUCAGCUUCUGCACCAAGUUGGAGGCAUUGCCACGUGACAUGAAUACUCUUCUCCCAAGCUUACAGUCUCUCGAGAUAGAGGGCUGCUGGGAAUUUUGUAGGUUGCCAAAGGUUGGUUUGCUGCCUAACCUGAAACAGCUUGUUAUUGGGAAACAAUGGAGGGGUCUAUGGUCGAUGCGCAAAUUGGACACCCUCACUCAUCUUAUCAUUUAUGGUUUUGGCAGUGAGAAUGUGAAGUCAUUCCCUGAGGCCGGUUCACUGCCUCACCUUCCCUCUCUUACCACUUUGAAGAUCAGUGGGUUUAGUAAUUUGGAGACAUUAGAGUGCAACCAACUUCUCUGCCUCACCUCUCUCCAACAAUUACACAUUCAAUGGUGUAAUAAGCUGAAGAAUAUGGCAGGAGAAAAGCUUCCUUCCUCUCUCUUGCUACUUCAAAUUGACUCCUGUCGUUUGCUGGGAGAACACUGCAAGAACAAGCAUCAACAAAUUUGGCCCAAAAUUUCCCACAUCCCUUCCAUUCAAGUUGGUACCCAAGAAGUGUUUCUAAGGAGAACUGAUCCCUUGUCGCUCAGAGGUAAAAGGAUGCAGAUGGCUGGGAUUUCACCAUAUGUGUAGGAAUUAAUAAUCCUGAGUUUGUUCGAGGCAGUAAACUGGAGUUGUAUGUUAGGAAUCAGAGGAGGUGGUUUCUAUUUUUAGCUGCAGGUUGGUAUGAUUACUCCAUUAUACUUUAGAAUUUAUUUUGCUGUUUUAUUUGGAAAAAAGGAAAAAGUUACGAAAACUUGAUUUGAGAAGGAAUUAGUUAUAUGCACUUCAUGACAAAAUGGCCUUUGCCACUGUUUGAUGUUUAUGUUGAACUAAGUUGUAUAUAGCAACUUAAAUUUGGUUCUUUAACUGUUUUUGAAAUCUGUAUAAUGUACUUUUUGUUACAAUACCAUUGAGCAUGGACCUUUAACAAUUUUAUAUAUUUAUAACAUUUGUAUAUUUAUAUUCAAAUUUGUUAGUUUUCAACAUUGGGUCUGAUGUUUGCUUUUCUGCUUUGCAUGGCCACAUAUUCUGAGAUACAAGAGCCUUGCCACCUUGGACAGUAGAUUUUGCCACUAUAAUUAACAGCAAAGUGAUAUAAUUUGGUUAAUAAUGACAAAGAUAAAACAAGAUUAUUGUUUAUGGAAUUAGGUUUUUCUUUAUUUGUUUAUGUCAGCUUUAAUUUUCACUGCAAUAUUGUUAUUUCUUUGUCAAGUUUCGUCAAACUGAUUUUGUCUCUUUGAAGAUGAGAUGAUACAAAGGAAGAUUGGUUGUGCUGUA